CUUCUUUUUCCUCAACCCUUGAGAUACGUUCAGAAAAUCGGCCAUAUUAGUGAACCACCAGCAAAGAAGAAAUGGAAGAAAAAAGUACGUUAUGCGAUGUUGAUUGCCUACCAAGGAAAGAAUUACUGUGGAAUGCAGAUUCAAAAAGAUGCACCAACAAUAGAAGGACGCCUGAUGAACGCCAUGCAGAAAUAUAAUUUGAUCACAGCUGAGGAGGCCUUGAAACCGAAUAUAUUUAAAUUCCAACGGGCCGCUCGAACCGACCGUGCCGUAUCUGCUGUGAGACAGAUGUGCUCAAUGAUCUUAGACUUGGAUGAAGAACUGCCGAAAAGAGGACCCGAUGAGCUGAAUAAGAUUCUACCCAGUGAUAUUCGAGUUAUGGGUAUAAGACGGGCUACGAGAACGUUCAAUUCGCAAAAAGAUUGUGACUCACGAACGUAUUCCUACACGCUACCAACCUAUGCUUUCGCUCAGGUCGACGAGUUAACGAAUAGUGCAUAUCGAAUAAGCGAUGAAACUGUAAAUGAAAUCGAUAAUUUGCUGAAAAUAUUCGUUGGAACGCAUAAUUUCUUCAAUUACACUUCGAAAAAAGAAUACACCGAUAAAAGUUGUUUUCGUUAUAUAAUAUCGUUCAAAUGUGAUGAACGAUUCUUGUACAGAAAUGAGUUGCGUAAAGAGGAUGUUGAAUUUAUGACAAUUAAAAUAAAAGGGCAGAGCUUCAUGCUUCAUCAAAUACGUAAAAUGAUUGGUAUGGUCAUUGCAAUCUCGCGAGGUUUCCUCUAUAGAAGUGAUAUCCAAAGGUCAUUUGAGAGCACACGAAUGGACGUACCGAAAGCGCCUGGUUUGGGCCUGUUGCUUGAACAGAUUCAUUACGAGAAUUACGAUAGGAAAUUUUCGAAAACACAUGAAACGUUAAACGAUUGGGGUGAAGAAAUUGAAGCGAAAAUCAAAGACGUUCGACAUCGAUUGAUUGUUCGUGAAAUUUUGCGACAAGAAAUCGAAUCGCAAUCGUAA